AUGUGGCUGCCUCUGCUGUUGUACGUGCUGCCGCUGACGGCGAGUCUGCCCGCCUGGAUGGACCACUUGCAAGUGCCCCCAGCUGACGACAUCCUCUCGAAGGAUGGCGACGACUACGGCGAUAACUUGAGCGAGGGCGACGCCUACUGGGUGGAGCGCCUGCCGCCCGUGGGCUCUCGCCUGGCCCAAUACACGCCCAUCGAGCUGACGCGUAGCCUGCCAUGGCAGGACACGGCGGCCCGCCGCCGACUCUACCAGCUGGUGCAGCGCCUGCAGACCGCCGCCCGCCGGCACCUAGGAUGGCGUGUCCAGCCCUGGGGUGCCCACGACGCUCAGCCGCUCCCAGAGGACCCCCCUCCACAGCACACGUGGUACCCGCAUCAGGAGUCGGGGCCGUACGUCUUCAAGGACACUGCACCCGAUGAGGACCCGUCGGACAAGGAACCCGGCAUUCACAGCACUUCUCCAAACCCAAUUCAUCCCUAUCAUGUCAUUACACAAAUGGCUGCCCAUUCGCAAGAUGAUCACGCUUCUACAAUUGAUCUUCCCCUGGAGGAGUUUUCACCAAAACCACUUAAGCCUCCGUUCACAUUAUCAAAAAAUCCUGUCUACCCUUAUUAUUCAAUUUCGCAAGUAUUCGCGCAGAAUCCAACUGGUGUCGAACUGACUAACCAGCAUGGAAUUCCUGUGAACAAUGCUGGCAUUGCAGGCAACUUCAUACCUCCAUCUCCAGUGGACAGUUCAAAUCAAAAUCAUCCCGCAGUAACUGCAACAAUGAAUCAUGAUGUGAAGCCUGCACAACAAAUCCCAAGUCACCUUCAGACAAAUGUCUCCCUCAUACAUCAUACUUCAACUGAUGCAGCUCCUGUCACAGUUUCUUGGAUGGAGACGUCAUCGGAAAAUUCUACUGCUCCUUACUACACUGUUCCGAAUACAUCUGCUCAUCCUGAUCUAAAUUCUACAUCUCAAACACAUACUACCCAGCAGCAUACGACCACGCAUAGCGUUAUCAACAAUACUGAACCAAUUACUCACUCUUCAACCGAAGUUACGACAGUAGUGAGUGGUUUAGUGCCUGUUCUGACAGAAGAGACAACCACAGAGGCUGUAGAUACGGACGUUGUAGCCACAGUGCAGAUCACCACACCUUUUGAAAUCAGUACAGAACAAACGUCCAAAGAUAAUGUAGAUGAGAUUGAUAAUUAUUCGACAGUUACAGUUGCUGAUAGCGCAAGCCGUUUGACGACAGUUCUAUACCACGUCACCGACCAUAUUGACCCGUCAUUUUCGCAAAACGAAGAUAAUGCUCAUGGUACUUCAGUAGAAGUCCUAACUGAGGAAGACAGUCUUGUUACUGAAGGAGUAUCGCACGGUGCACAAGUUCAGGAAGAAACUACUACUGAAACGUACGCUGGAGCUAACGGCGAGAGUUGGCAGGAAUUUUCAUCGACAUCUUACCCUGAAACUGGCGAAAGCACUGAAAGAGUACACUCAAGUGACAUAGUUGCGGCCGAGAAUGACGCCACUCCUUACUUCCCAGACAUUCAAGCAUCAGCGUCUGAAGAGAAUGUGGACAACAUCAACAAACAAACAAUAGUGGCUGCUCAAACCAACAAAGCACAAAACGGCGAGUAUGGAGUUACAGGAGUCACAGAAGAUGUAAUUCACGCAGACGGUUCAACGCACUACCAUGGCAAUCCAAAUGGUGUAUUUGGCGGAUAUGAAAUUACCAAUAACCCAGUUGGAAUCCAGACGACAUUUAUUGGAACUUAUGAAACCACUGAUAGAACUUACAUAGUAGGCGACACCAUACGUAACAGUUCCGUUACUCUGCCGUCAAAUACGCAGGUCUAUCACUCUGAAAAUAAUUCGCCUCUGAAACACCCAGGUGACGGGAGCAUUACAGAUUACGGCGACGCCUAUGAACAUGUCGAUUCGCCACAUGUCACGACAUACGACGACGAAAUAAUGGAAGCUACAUCAGGAUUAUCAGCAAACAGUGGCCAAAAACUUGAAACGGAACAUCAAGUUGAAUUCGAUGAAGAUGAUUCACAUGACCCUUACCACAGUUCUCAACAUGAGACACAUGUCCCACACCUUGGUUCUCAAGAACAUGUGUACGACUACAGUUCUGAAGAUGAGUGGGUGUACAGUCAUGACAAUGGCUUUUAUGAACAUGAGGAAUCUAAUCCUCAGCAUAGUUCUUAUGACAUUGAGGCAUCUGACCCCCACAAUGGUUCUCCUGAACAUGAAGCAUACGACCCCCAUCAUGGUUCUUACGAACAGGAUGUGUAUGACUCCUAUCACAGUUCUCACGAACAUGAAGCAUAUGACCCCCACCAUGGUACUGAAGAACAUGAGGAUUAUGAACAUCAGAACAGUUCUCAAGAUGACACGAACAUCGAUGUGGAUGAAGACCCGAAGGAAAUAAUACCUCCACCCUUCUUCACCACUGACAAAACGCUGAACUAUGAAAGUAGCUCACUUCAUCCAGAGAGCGAUAAGAUACCAUUAGAGGAAACGACCAUCAUAUCAGAAAUACACUUUCCUGGUGGAUCUAGCCCAUGGGAAAAGGAUGGAAUAGUUAAAAUCGAACUCCAGGAGCCGCAAUCGUUAUCACACAUGUCACAAGAAGACAGUUCAGAAGCAGAAUUUACAACACUGGCCUCAACAGACUAUUCACAUACUGAUGUCACAAAUAUUUUACAGGAAGAAGCUGCGUUUAGCUAUGUGGAGAAUGAAGGAAAUGAUCGACCACCUGCAGGAAAUCUGAACACAGGAGACCACAGUGAAAUGACAAUACUACCAACACUACAAAGUGAGCCAAGCAGUGAAAUUAUUGUACCACAAGACACAGAUGUACAAAAUGGCUUCACAGGAAAUGAGACUACAUCUUUCAUUGAAGAAUUUCACUUUCCCACAACAACGAAUAAACAAGAUGAAAUUACUGAUGGAUAUUUGAAACCGGAGCUGUCGGCAAACGACCCUGACAUUACCCAGACGACCACUGUCGAUUUACCUGAAACCAGCUCCCAACAGCAUAUGAUAACUGUCGAGAAGCUUACAGCAGUUGAUGACUACACAGAGUUAAGCGAAGUAAAUUAUGUUUCACCUGUCGCUACCAGUAAUGAAAGUGGCGUGGACAAUGAGGGUACCACCUACACAAAUGAACAGACCGUUGUUUCUAUGCUGGAAGCAGAAACUACUACGUUAGUCGUGACUUCACUAUCAAACCAAAGUUAUUCAUUAGCGGAAUCAGGUGAAAUCAGUGGUUUCCCUACUGAAAGUACAUCCGACAUACAAACUCAAGCAGCAGAGGGGAACUAUGUCACAGAUCAGACAGAAUUAAUAACGGAACUGUCGUCCCAGCCAGAGGACAAUAUUGCAGGCAGUACAGUUAAAAAUUUGAUAGAUCGCACUGUCAGCUCAGUAAUGACUAUAAUCUCUCAAGCUCAAGAACUCACUACAGCAGGAAGUGCAAUAUCAGAGGAGCAAGGACGUCUUGUAGACCACCAUUACAAUCAUCAGGUGUUACCAGAUGCAUCAGAAUAUGUUACUGUGAUUUCACCAUCUUGGACAAAGCCAGCAGUUCAUGACCCAAACAAAGAACACUUAACUGGAGAGUCUACAUAUGGCUCCAAUACACAGGAUGGCUCCCAUGAACAGCAUGCAAAAGUUACAGGACAAGUAAAUGUUGAACAUGACACAACACUAAUCAAAAACAAAACGCCACUCUCUGAAAAUCAACUUCACCACAAAGAUAAUGAAGCUCACAAUCACAAGGAUAAUCAUAAGGGUGAUGGUGGGGAUGAUCACUACCCCAAAGAUGGCGAUGAUGUUGGUCAUGACCACACAGCUGAUGAUGACGAUCAUGAGCAGGCUACAGAAGUUGUCAUUGCUUUCACCAUGGAGCCUUUGGUCGGCACCACAGAGCCACCUCUGGUUAGUACUACAGAGGAGGCCUUACUGGCUGUCACUGCUGCCAUCACCAUGGAAGAGGCCCCAUUCAUCAUUUUAGGGGAAGCUGUCCCCACAACCACAACUGAGGAGGUUGGAAGAUCCACUGACACAACCACCACUGAGGAGAAUGGGGUGAUGGUCACAACCAGCACGACUGAAUAUCAUGGAGAAGUUACCAACACAACCAUGAGCAACUGGGCUGGAAUGGCAUUCACUAUUGCACCCACGACUGAGGAGGUUGGAGAGGCCAUCACCACUGCAGCCACGACUGAGGAGGUUGGAGAGGCCGUCACCACUGCGGCCACGACUGAGGAGGUUGGAGAGGCCGUCACCACUGCGGCCACGACUGAGGAGGUUGGAGAGGCCGUCACCACUGCGGCCACGACUGAGGAGGUUGGAGAGGCCGUCACCACUGCGGCCACGACUGAGGAGGUUGGAGAGGCCGUCACCACUGCGGCCACGACUGAGGAGGUUGGAGAGGCCGUCACCACUGUGGCCACGACUGAGGAGGUUGGAGAGGCCGUCACCACUGCGGCCACGACUGAGGAGGUUGGAGAGGCCGUCACCACUGCGGCCACGACUGAGGAGGUUGGAGAGGCCGUCACCAUUGCGGCCACGACUGAGGAGGUUGGAGAGGCCGUCACCACUGCUGCCACGACUGAGGAGGUUGGAGAGGCCGUCACCACUGCUGCCACGACUGAGGAGGUUGGAGAGGCCGUCACCACUGCUGCCAUGACUGAGGAGGUUGGAGAGGCCGUCACCACUGCUGCCACGACUGAGGCGGUUGGAGAGGCCGUCACCACUGUGGCCACGACUGAGGAGGUGGGAGAGGCCGUCACCACUGCUGCCACUACAGAGGAGGUUGGAGAGGCCGUCACCACUGCUGCCACUAUAGAGGAGGUUGGAGAGGCCGUCACCACUGCUGCCACUACAGAGGAGGUUGGAGACGACGUCACCGCUGCUGCCACUACAGAGGAGGCUGGAGACGUCGUCACCGCUGCUGCCACUACAGAGGAGGCUGGAGAGGUCGUCACCGCUGCUGCCACGACUGAGGAGGCUGGAGAGGUCGCCACCGCUGCUGCCACGACUGAGGAGCCUGGAGAGAUUGUCACCGCUGCUGCCACGACUGAGGAGGCUGGAGAGAUCGUCACCGCUGCUGCCACGACUGAGGAGGCUGGAGAGAUCGUCACCGCUGCUGCCACGACUGAGGAGGCUGGAGAGAUCGUCACCGCUGCUGCCACGACUGAGGAGGCUGGAGAGGUCGUCACCGCUGCUGCCACGACUGAGGAGGCUGGAGAGGUCGUCACCGCUGCUGCCACGACUGAGGAGGCUGGAGAGGUCGUCACCGCUGCUGCCACUACAGAGGAGGCAGGAGAGGUUGUCACCGCUGCUGCCACGACUGAGGAGGCUGGAGAGGUCGUCACCGCUGCAGCCACGACUGAGGAGGCUGGAGAGGUCGUCACCGCUGCUGCCACGACUGAGGAGGCUGGAGAGUCUGUCACCGUCAUAUCUGUGCCCAUAGCUGAGGAGGCUGGGGAGGUUGUCACUACCUUGACUGUGCCCACAACUGAGGAGGCUAGGGAGACUGUUGCCACUGCAGCUAUGACUCAGGAGGCUGAAGAAUCCAUCACAACUGCAGCCAUGACCGAGGAGGCUGAAGAGGCCGUCACUACUGCAGCCAUGCCUGAGGAGGCUGGAGAGGCCUUCACUGCUGUGACCAUGGCCAUGACCGAGGAGUCUGGAGAGGCCGCUGCCACUGCGACCACGACCGAGGAGCCUGGAGUGGCCGCCGCCACUGCGGCCACGACCGAGGGGCCUGGAGUGGCCGCCGCCAAUGCGGCCACGACCGAGGGGCCUGGAGAGGCCGCCGCCACUGCGGCCACGACCGAGGAGCCUGGAGUGGCCCCCGCCACUGCGGCCACGACCGAGGAGCCUGAAGUGGCCGCCGCCACUGCGGCCACGACCGAGGGGCCUGGAGAGGCCGCCGCCACUGCGGCCACGACCGAGGAGCCUGGAGAGGCCGCCGCCACUGCGGCCACGACCGAGGAGCCUGGAGAGGCCGCCGCCACUGCGGCCACGACCGAGGAGCCUGGAGAGGCCGCCGCCACUGCCGCCACGACCGAGGAGCCUGGAGAGACUGCCGCCGCCGGAACCACGACCAAGGCCGAGGAGGCUACAGAGGCCACAGCCACUGUGAGCAUGACUGAGGAGUUCACAGAGGCUGUUGUCACCUCUACCAUCAACACAGAGGAAGUUGCCAUAUCUGAUAUGAGUACUCGUCCUGGGAAUGCACGGACUAUGGUGGAGCUUAAUUCCCUUCAUGAUGUCUAUAUCAAUAAAGCUCUAACUGAGAAUGUUGUGAGUGAAGAUCACACUAAUGAAUCAAACAAUGAAAUAGACACUUUUGUUACUCUUCAAGCUGCUUCUGACUCAGGUUGGACUACAACAGACAGUCUCAUACCACUUGACAGCAGCAUUGAGUCGGCUUUUACUGAGAAGCCAAAGAUACCUGUUUCAGAAUCAUAUACGGACAGACCACAUCAAGUGCAGAACCUUCUUCAGCACAGUGGACAUAGAGAUAGCUAUGAUAGUCUAGCAUACAGUGCAGAGCAUUCAGAAGAGGUACUAUCUCCAGCUCCUGACUCGGCUCUUUCCCACUUAAGUGGUACUAAUGGUGGAGAUGGGGGACUAGUAAGAAAUGUGUCAAUAUACCAUACAACUGGACACGCUGACGAAAAAUUGGUCAAUAAAGAGCUCGUCAAAGAAGGGGGACAGCGCAUCAUACAAGUAACGCCUGCUCUAACAUUACUGCUCCAUCGCCUGCUCGCUGAAAAUGAGCCAACAGUUUUUUCGGCCUCUAGUGACAGACUGGGUAAGAUUCUACGUUUCGCAAAGUCGAAGCUAGAAGAAAAGGCCCGAGAUUUCAAAUUACCAGUACACAGGGACUUUUCUGGCGAAAGUGACACAGUAGUAGGAACAGUAUCGGUUACGCAAUUUGGCAGUGAAACAGGGACAGAAGAGACACCUGCUGACGAGUCUGCGACAGAAAUGAACGGAGAGUACAUUGAGCUGACCGCAGAGGACGUCCUGCUCCUCAUUCCUAUCAUAAUAGAGGAACUGAAGAACGGAGUGAUGACAGCAGAGGAGCAAGAACUGUUCCAAGGGGUUUUCGGAGAUCUGUGGCCCAUCAUCGUAGCAGAGGCCGCCGCUAGGAGGCACAGGGACGAGAUGGCUGCCACGGGGGCGGCCGCCCGCCCGAGGGAGAACGCUCCAGCAGAGGCAGCAGAGGCGAGGCGGCGGCGAUCGGCCUCCAUCCGCAGCCUACUGUUCGGGGAGUCGGGGACGGCCAAGACCAGCUCCAGUGGCGCAGUGGAGAGUCACCGAGGGGCGCCGCUUCUGUCUGAGGAAGUGCUCUUCUACGAAGGGGCCGACAACGGCGCAGAGGCGGUGGACACGAGGCCACGUGGCAGACCCAGUAGUCAGCAACACCGGCGCCACCACCAUCGCCAACCCAGAGUGGGCGUGGCUGCGCCGGCUCCUUGA